UGGUCCCUGAUCACAGGCGGCUUGAUAGCCGACCAGCCGUCGAUCACUUCCCUCACACAUUCUUGUUACACUACCGUUUUCUGUCCUUCGUUGCAAGGCAAUGACGUUUCGUCCUUCAAUCAUCAUCAGUACACUCACACGCACUCACACUUCCAUUUCUACGUACUAGGCAAUGAUCGAUUAAAAAAAACGUCAUAUUCUCUCAUCUUGUUUGGAUCUUUAAUCUUUAGAUCCCAUCUGUCUCUCUCUCUCUUUGAUAUAUUUACAGACUCCCUUCAUACCUAAUACUUACGUAUCUGGCCAUCUGUGCUAGAAUAGUUUUAUUGAUCUUGCGACGCAACUCCACUGGUUUGUGACAGCACACCCAUGCGCUGAGCGGUGAACACUCAUUCUAUCUACCUACAUACAUACCUACUUAUAUCCACUAGGCGACGUUGAGAAGAAGAGGUAUACAAAAAGUGACCCCAUCUUGUCGCAGGAUUUUCACGACUUUGUUCCCGUGCUCCUAAAAUCAUCCAAGAACGCAACUACAUACUGGAUACCUACUUGUCUAACAUGCCUCCACACCAUUGCAACGGAGACGCCAAGGGCCAGUUGGGCCAAUUGCGACAUAUCCCUCUAGCAUACGAUACCGCGAAUUCUGAAUCCUCAGCUCGUGCACUUAUUCUUACCUUACGCCCCGAAUGGUCCAGUGCCGACUCCAAAAUCGAAUUUACAUCCUUCAAAGACGGCAUCACGAACACCUUGCUAAAGGCUGUCAAUAGGAAAGAUGGGCUGUCCAAGGAGGAUAUUGAUAAAGAAGCCCUUUUGCUACGGGCGUAUGGACAUGGAACCGACAUUCUAAUAGACCGUCACCGCGAGACCCAAAACCACGAAUUAUUGAUGAAAUAUGGAUUAGCCCCUGAGCUAUUGGCCCGCUUCGACAAUGGCAUGAUAUAUCGCUAUAUUCAGGGGACCGUCACUCAACCUGCAGACUUAAGAACGCCAUCGAUAUAUUUGGCCGUCGCAAGGCGCCUAGCCCAGUGGCACGCCACUAUCCCUUGCAUUUAUGAGACACCUGCACAGAGCAACGGGGUGAAUGGACAUGCCAACGGUCACGAUGCAACAACCACAGGCUAUACUGUCCCAGGAAAGCCUUCUCCCAAUGUAUGGACUGUCAUGCAGAAAUGGAUACUCGCCCUUCCUACCAAAACGGAUGCCCAGCGAGCGAGACAAGCGACGCUCCAGCAGGAACUCGCUAAACUCGUUGAAGAGCUAAGCCAGCGACCUGGAUUAGGGGAUAACGGCCUUGUUUUUGCGCAUUGUGACCUUUUGAGUGGAAAUGUUAUCAUUGAGCCCCAGAGUUCUUCGAAUGGUGUAACCGAGGGGGUUGCUCCCCAAAAGACGGUCAGUUUCAUUGACUACGAAUACGCUACUCCUUCACCUGCCGCGUUCGAUUUAGCAAAUCAUUUUGCCGAAUGGGGUGGUUUCGAUUGUGACUUCACCGUCCUACCAACCCGUGCCCAGCGAUUGGAAUUCAUCAGGGAAUAUGUCGAUACGUACUUCAAUUUAUUACCUGGGAAAUCUGGCAGUGUAGACAAGGAGACCGAGACGCAAAGGCUACUAGCCGAAGUUGACACGUUCCGUGGUGUGCCUGGGUUCUACUGGGGUAUAUGGGCGCUCAUCCAGGCUACCAUAUCGCAUAUAGAUUUCGAUUAUGCCGAAUACGCCGAAAUCAGGCUGGGAGAGUACUGGGGUUGGAGGGAAGCGACGAAAGAUUCCGAUGACUCUACGAAAAAGGAGUUGUCGGUACGAGAAACGAGAUGGGCGCAACCGGAGUAGAUUUGACUCUUCCUCGGGGUUGAAGGAACAUUUACAGCCUCGAUGGGCGUUCCAAGGAUUCCAAUUAGAUACUAGCCAAUCUCAGAGGCUACAUCUUUCACCUACACAAUACUUGCAUUCACGGUCCUAAAACGAUGGUUCUACGUAUAUAAGACCCAAGAUUAGAUGGCAUGGAGUUCAGAGCAUCAAAACGUCUUUAGACAUGGACUGGGACGACAAGUCUAUAGAGAGCAUUAAAGCAGAAUAGCACCCCAUAACUAAUUAAUACUUUGAGCUAGA